GAAUCGCAAUCCGAAAUAAUAACUUGGUUUGCUUCUACUGGGAACGGGAAAAAAGAAAGCAAAUUUCUUGCAAUUGAAGGGGAAAGUGGAAUUGAGAAUAACCCUAGAACAACUACUCUCUUUUUCAUGGGUCGCGAAUCUGUGGCUGUGGUGACUGCGCCGCCCUCGGGGACUGCUCCGGGUACUGCUGCGGCGGCUACCUCCCUUGCUCCUGGCUUCCGAUUUCAUCCCACCGAUGAGGAACUCGUCAGUUAUUACUUGAAGCGAAAGGUUCUGGCCAAACCUGUACGCUUCGAUGCGAUUGGCGAGGUCGAUAUCUACAAGCAUGAGCCCUGGGAUUUAGCUGUGUUUUCGAGGUUGAAGACAAGGGACCAAGAAUGGUACUUCUACAGCGCGUUAGAUAAGAAGUAUGGAAAUGGUGCUAGAAUGAACCGAGCAACUAACAAAGGGUACUGGAAAGCAACUGGGAAAGACAGAGAAAUCCGCCGUGAUAUUCAGCUGCUUGGUAUGAAAAAGACGCUUGUUUUCCACAGCGGGCGUGCCCCUGACGGUCUUCGGACUAAUUGGGUCAUGCACGAGUAUCGCCUUGUGGAAUAUGAAACCGAGAAAAACGGAAACCUGGUGCAAGAUGCAUAUGUGUUAUGCAGAGUCUUCCACAAGAAUAACAUUGGGCCACCAAGUGGGAACAGGUAUGCACCGUUCAUGGAAGAGGAAUGGGCUGAUGAUGUAGGAGCUCUGAUCCCAGGAGUAGACGUUAGGCUCAGGGUAGAGCCGCAGCCAGUGGCCAAUGGAAACAACCAGAUGGACCAGGAGAUUCAGUCAGCCAGCAAGAGUCUCAUUAACAUCAAUGAGCCACCGAGAGAGACGGUUGCAAUGGAUAUUGAACCUAACCAACAGAACAAUCAUGAGAGUGACAUCAAGCCGCAUGAGCAUAACAACAAUAAUGCCUAUGAGGAAGAUGAGGAAACACUUAAACGCGAGCAGACAGAAGAAGGUGAGCGUCCUCCUCCUGUAUGCGUUCUCAACAAAGAAGCUCCAUUACCUCUGCUGCAAUACAAACGUAGACGCCAAAAUGAGUCGAACAACAACUCAAGCAGGAACACACAGGACCAUUGUUCGUCCACAACAACCGUCGACAAUACAACCACUUUAAUCUCAUCAUCUGCUGCUGCCACCAACACUGCCAUCUCUGCAUUGCUUGAGUUCUCACUCAUGGGCAUCUCUGACAAGAAAGAAAACCCGCAGCAAGCUCUGCGUCCUCACAAGGAACCUUCUCCCCAUACUCCACAAGCAUCUCCUGACGAGAAGGUUAAUGAUCUCCAGAAAGAGGUUCACCAGAUGUCUGUUGAAAGAGAAACAUUCAAGCUUGAAAUGAUGAGUGCAGAAGCUAUGAUCAGUAUUCUCCAGUCAAGGAUUGAUGCGCUGCGUCAGGAGAACGAGGAACUUAAGAAAAACCAUGCCAGUGGACAAUAAAUUCUCUAAAAGAUCCGUCCAGGUUUCUUCUUCAGCUGCUUACCUAUUAGCUUUAAUCUCCCUAAUAUUAUGAGCCCAUCUAUGUAACUUCUCUUAGACGGAUUGCGAACUGCGUGAAUCUCUCUGUUGUAACAUAGGAUAAAACGGAUCCGAGCUCCUGAGACGAAUGUGUUUUAUCCUUCUUUUUAUUUUAAAUAUGAUGUUGCUGCAUACAUUUUUAGGUU